CAUAAACAUGCGACAAUGUCUGUACAUCCACCAAUCCCUUUUGAGGACCUUGACUUAUCCUCCAAUCAAAUUGGAGUUGUACUUCCGCAUGCUCCGUCCUCUGACGCAACAACAAUGGGGAGUGUAUUGGCCGCUGGCUCCCCUCACCCACCGCCACCAUCCCCAGCUGGUGUGGCUGGUCCUGGCUUGACAGUCCCACCCGGCUUUGGGAUGCCUUCGGUAACUUCAGUACCACCCUCGACCGGUCUGACUUCAGCACAGCCACAGGAAGAAACCAAUCCUCUGCCAAAUCCUGGUACAUUUGAUGAAUGUCAUCGCAAAUGCAAAGAUGUUUUCCCGAUGCAGAUGGAAGGCGUCAGACUAGUUGUCAAUAAGGGUCUUAGUAACCACUUCCAGGUGAGCCACACUGUGUUGCUGAGCACUUUGGGGGAUUCCAGCUACAGAUUUGGUGCCACAUAUGUUGGACUCAAGCAAACAGGUCCAGCAGAGUCUUUUCCAGUCAUGGUGGGCGACAUGGACAACCUUGGCAGCCUUAAUGCUCAAGUCAUCCACCAGAUCAGCAACAGCGUACGAUCCAAAAUGGCCUUCCAGACACAGCAACAUAAAUUUGUCAACUGGCAAGGCGAUGCAGAAUUCAGAGGGAAAGAUUUUACAGCAACAAUCACACUCGGAAACCCCGAUGUCCUUAAUGGCUCUGGUAUCGUCGUAACGCACUACCUCCAGGCCCUCACGCCUGUUCUGGCUCUGGGAGGGGAGCUGGUGUACCAUCGAAAGCCAUCAGAGGAGGGUGCUGUGAUGGCUUUGGUUGGCAGAUACACAGGCAACAACUACGUCGCCACGGCAACUCUGGGAUCAGCCGGCGCGCACGCCACCUACUACCACAGAGCUAAUGAGCAGUUGCAGUUGGGUGUGGAGUUUGACGCGAGUACUCGCAUGCAAGAUACUAGCGUGUCCUUUGGCUACCAGCUCGAUGUGCCCGAAGCCAAUUUACAGUUUAAAGGCUCAGUAGACAGUAACUGGGUGGUUGGUGCAACUCUAGAAAAGAAGUUACCGCCGCUGCCUCUCUCCUUGGUUAUCUCCUCCUUCCUCAACCAUAACAAGAACAAGUUCCAGUGCGGUUUCGGCGUUACGAUCGGUUAAGCUGAGCGGCUGCAUGUUUAGUGACCUUAGCUGGAUGGACUCGCUCACUUUGGUACACAUGUGGGACAAACUAUUUAGCACUUAAAUGUUGAGAACCUCGUGUUUUAACUGACCUUUCAGAUGUUUUCAUGUUAUUUAGCUCCCGUUAAAGCUCAUAUCAACUUGAUUUUCACAUUUCUGAAACACAUGGACUGUUGCUUUAUUUUUAUUUUUUUUUACUGUAAAGUGAAGGAUGGAAAUGUCACUUUGUCUUCCUCGCUUAGUUUGCCUUUUUUAUGUUUCAUAUGUGACGCAGUGUGUUGGAACCUGGUCAAAUAGAUUUUAUUAACAAAAACAAAGCAAAAAUAAUAGUCUGUCUUGUUUUUUUUUUUUUACGUAGCCAUGAGAAGUUAUUGGACAAAAAGGCCACAGCCUCCCAGAGAGUUUCAUUGUGGUAUGUAAAUGUUUUUAUCCCUUGACAUACUGUGCAAAGC